CUCCGCCGGGUCCUUCCUGUGGAGGAACAAAGAUGGCGGCGUCCAUGCUGUGCAGGAGGACGGCUGCGUUAUGCAGGACUUUAAAGGGAAUUUCAUGCUCAAAAACGGUGCUUUCUGCGGACUCUCCGCGCGGGCUUCCACCGCAGAGCGCGUCCUACAACCCCAGACCUCUACGGCUGAACCUCCACCGGCCCCACAUCCCGGACAAGGACAGCGAGAAGACGCCCGAGUGGCAGAAGAGCAGCCGGUAUGACAGGAAGCUAUUCGGCCGCUACGGUUCCGCCUCGGGCAUCGAGCCGGCCUCGCUGUGGCCCAGCCGCGCGGAGCUGGACAGGAUGACCGCGGAGGAGAACGAGUGGCAGCCUCCGCUGGAGGUCAUGCUGAAGAACGUCCAGGCCAGAGAGGAGGAGGAAACCCAGAGGCGGUUGGCGAAAGAGAAACUCAUUGCAGCCAACAUGGCCAAAAUGCCCAAGAUGGUCGCCGACUGGCGGCGGGAGAAACGCGAAAGCAAGAGCAAGCUGAAGGAGGAGAAGUCGCGCCGCGCAAAGCUGCUGGCCGAGGCCCGGGAGCGCUUCGGCUACGCCCUGGACCCCCGCAGCCCCAAGUUCUUGGAGAUGGUUGCUGAGAUCGAAAAGGAGGAGAAGAAGAAAAAGAAGCUAGUGAAGCGCAGACUGAAAGAUGAGCAGUUGGCGGCUCCGCCCGUCGCACCUCCUGCCGCCUCCUCGUAGUGUCCCAGAUGAAUGACUGUAAUAUUUGAGUGAGAUGGAGGCUGCGCCGCACUCCGAGGGACAUUUGUUGUAAAGUAUCCCAAUCAGUGGGGUCUUUGUUUUACCCGAUUGGCCUCUGUAAGGAGCUGCACAUGCAUAUGUUCAUUUCUAUAAACAUUUAGCUCUCAUUGCAAUAAAUGAAUUCCUGUGCUGACUGUUUUUAAAGGAUAAAUACAAACUAAAAAUAAUUUUAUAUUGAGAAUUUAUUAAUGCAAACAGGUUUACAUUUGGAAGUGUUGCAACGUCACACGCCUAAAGAACAUAAGUUGACGAGCUUAAACAGUCUUUUCCAUUGCAGCCAUCCAGAAUCCAAAAUGAAAGACGUGUGCAUAGAAUACUGGCAGGGGACUGAAUCCUAAUGAUCAUCAGCCAGUUCAUCUAAUAGAAUCUCUGAUGUAAACACAGAGCUCCUAAUAAAGCCACUAUUAUGCAUUUUAUUAAAUCAUAGCAUUUCUUA